AUGCCGCACGCCGAUGCAUCUUUGGUUCCAGACUCCAUUAAGACUAAGUCUGAAUUCUGGACUCAUGUGUACGAUCAGCUAGAAAUUUUGGUGGGAGGCCAACGACAUUGGAUCUCGAAUUUGUCCAAUGCUGCUUCGCUUAUUUACAACUCCCUGCAAGCUUUUCCCAGCAAUUUCGGGGAUGGGGAUCGUUCGGUCAACUGGUGUGGUUUCUAUCUCAUCUCUUCCCUUUUCCCUCAGCCCCGAUUCACUGAUGCCUCGAUGGACCCCAAAUCUCAAACGCAUGCUUUCAAUAAUAUGCUUUUGGGACCCUUUUCCGGCAGGCCUGCCUGUCAAUGGAUCGAGGUCUCCCCUCGACCUCGAGGCGUGUGUGGAGAUGCAUUUGUCAAGCGCAGUACCAUUCUUGUUUCAGACGUCUUGACCUACCCUGGGCAUAUUGCCUGUGACGGCGAUACAAAAAGCGAGAUCGUGUGUCCCCUCAUUCUUCGGAAAGGGGGUGAAGAUAUCGUACUGGGUGUCCUGGAUCUUGAUUGCCUUGCGAUUGGAGGGUUCGAUGCGGACGAUCAGGUCGGACUAGAAAGAAUUACAGCACUCAUCAUCAGAUCUUGUGACUGGUAG